CAUGUACUAUUUUAAAAAUCCUCAACUUUCUGUAUUUUUUCUUCUUUUGUUGGUAACAUAUGUGAAUAAUAAUUUAUCUGUCAUUGAGCAAUUUUUUUUGCAUUGAGCAAAAUUUGAACUUUGUAUCUAAUGGCUUCCUGGUAGUGACGUCACUUGCAGUCACAAUCUGGACUCGUAAGGUGAGCUAGUUAGUUUCUUGUGCACGUUUUAGAGCUUGUGGGUAAUGAAUACAGUUUUAUCUGCAGGGUAUCACAGUACGCGUUAAUAAAACGCGUUUUCUUUACUGAACUAAAGUCAGUCAGACAGCAGAACCGCAACAUGGACAAUCGGAGUUUUUGCAGAAACAGGAAGAGGACUGCGCAACACCGCCAUCUUUAUUCUCCGAGUAAAACAAAAUGAUUCAACAAACAGGUGUGUUUGGUGUUGAUGGAUAUGAAGUGAAGUCAGUGUCGGUGAUGGAGGGAGAUUCUGUUCUUCUAGACCCUGAUAUUACUGAAAUACUGACAGAUGAUCAGAUCCUGUGGAUGUUUAAAAUUAACAAUACAGAAACUUGUAUAGUUGAAAUCUAUAAACGCCACAAUGUCAGAUUUCUGGAGGAUGAUGGGAGAUUUAGAGACAAACUAAAGCUGGACAAUCAGACUGGAUCUCUCAUCAUCACAAACUUCAACAUCACAAACACUGGACUGUAUGACCUACAGAUCAUCAACAACAAAGGAACUGUAUACAAGAGAUUUAAUGUUACUGUCUAUGCUCCUUUACCCGUUCCUAUCAUCAUGAGAAACACUUCACAAUGUUCUUCUUCAUCAUCAUCAUCAGAAAGAUCAUCAGUCUCAAAAUGUGUGUUGUUGUGUUCAGUGAUGAAUGUGAGAGAUGUGAGUCUGUCCUGGUAUAAAGGAAACAGUUUAUUGUCCAGCAUCAGUGUGUCUGAUCUCAACAUCAGACUCUCUCUACCUCUGGAGGUUGACUAUCAGAAUAACAACACAUACAGAUGUGUACUCAACAAUACCAACAUAAAUCAAACUCAACAUCUCAACAUCAAUCAUCUCUGUCAGUGUUCAGGAUCUGAAGAGACUCCCCACAACCGUUCCCACUGGCCGGUCCUAGCAGCAGUUGUGCUCUUAAUUCUAGCAGCUGUAGCUUUAGUUGUCAAAAGAGAAAUGAAGCAGUACAAUAAAGAGCCUAACAGUGAUGAAGUUCCUGUACUACCAGUUUCAAAUGGAGUUAAACACCACGAUUAAAGCUCUCCAUAAUAUUUCAAAAGAUGUUGAUUUUUCAAGCAGUCAUUUCAUGCAAAGGAUUUGCAAGACAGGGUGUUUCCUGCAUUCAUGAAGAUGUUUUAUUGAGCGUGAUGUCUGAUCUCCCUCUCUUUAACUUCUCUGGAUCUGAUUUUAUAAAUCACUACAGUCAUCACCACCAGGACAGAAAUGUUUUGGAUUACAACUUUAGUGAAACAUGAGUCUCGCAUCAGGAAAUCUC